AUGAAGUACUUUUUAUUUUUAAAAGAUAUUAUUAAUUUUGAAGACAUAUAUAAAAAAUUACCUUCUUUUAAAAAUUAUGAAAAAAUUGAUGACAAAAUCGCUGACACCACUUAUGAUAACUACUGUACAAAUGUAAAAUCCUUAGAAAAUGGGAAAGAUGAUCUUACAACAUUUUGCAAAAAAUUUGCAAAAAAUUUAAAAAAAUUACCUACUGCUGAUAAUAUAGGAAAAAACUCUCAUGAUAGCUGUUUAAGCGUUAAAUACUGGUUUUAUUAUAAAUUAAACAAAAUAUUAGAGACACACGAUUAUUCUGCGAAUCGUGAACAAUUUAUCAAUUCAUUUAUUAAUGUGGAAUCUAAAAUUUAUAAUGAAUUACUAAAAAAUGAAAAAACGGAUAAAUGUCCUAUAGAAAUUAAAAAUAACUUCGAAAAGGAAAAGGAAGAGAAAAUUUUAUAUGACUAUUUUAAUAAUUAUAAUACCAUUUUUGACUGUAACAACUCGUCUAAUAAAGAAAAUUGUUCUAAAUACUGUAAGUAUGUGAAUGAAAUUAAUGAAAAAUACAGAGAACACCAAAAUAAAUGUUGUGGACUUAAUUAUUUGAAUUGUGGUGAUUACUUUAAUUGUAAUGGGAAAUAUAAUCCGUUGGUUCUCAUACACAAGCUAAAUUGUAGUAAUGGUAAAGAAGGGAAAACUCUAACCGAAGAACAAAUUAGGGAAAGUCAAGAAAACUAUGGCAAUUCCGAUUUAAUACGUAGUCUAAGAUAUAAUAUAUUCAAAUGUAAUAUGGUAAAUGAUAAUGCUGGUGAACCAAAAAUUGGAUUUUGUUCGGUAUUUCCAUCAUCUAAAGAUUCUUUUGAAAAUGUAGAUAAGCUCCCUCUCAGUGAAGAAGAAGAUGAAAACUCUAGAGGUGUAGAAAUUAACAAUGGUAGAGAACAAGAAACAAACAGGGGUUCGGAAUUGGAAGGUAAAAGUUCAACAUCUGUCAAAAAUACAAAGGAAGCACAAUGCCCAGAAGAUAAACCAAUAAAAUUGUCCAAUGGGAAAUGUGUAGAACCUAAUGUGCGUACAACUGGUGCCAUUGGAGUGCAGCUGCUAAACAAGGGUCCAAUUAAUAGAGUUAGAAUUAGGAUUAACGAUAUUACGAAGAGUUAUACUCCUUCACUAGAAAAUGCUAAUUUAUUAGAUGCUGAUAGUGCAGAUAUGAACACUUUAGGUGGAAUAUACAGCAUGUUACAGAGUAGUACCUCCAAGAUGAUCAUCUUGGGUGUUUUAGGUUUAGGGACAAUUAUGAUAUUUUUCAUAUAUUUUAAAUAUUGUUUAUAUAUUUUUUUUGUUCUAUAA